GUUUCAUACCGCUUCACGCGUAGAACAGACUGGUCCCAAGUCCAGCCGCAUCUGGACCCUAAAAAGCGAAUCAUCCGGCCUCACUCGUUUAUAAUAGAUCCUGUCUCUGCCAUGUUGGAGCAUUCCGCUGCGUCCCCCACUCCCACCCUCCAAUCUCCACCCCCCGCUGCCUUCCCCACUUGCAGGCAUCUUUGCUGUUUUAUUGUCUCGCUCACAUGUGAGGGCCAAAGCAGAGUGGGAGUGAGUGGAUCACCAGAAUACCCUUUCCAGUGUUCGAGGACUAUCUGGGCAUGUGUCUCAUCACAGGAUACUUGCUUUUACGAUGGUUUAUGUUGACUUACGCACAGACAACCUCACGGACCUGAGGGCGUUCCUUGGAACUGAGUUAGUAGUGUGUUGCUUACAAUAGAAGCGGGGAACUCGAAGAUUGGCUCCGAUUCUAUUCUAGUUUAUGGUAGUGUAGGCUUUUGGGCAUCUCGUGUAGGUACUUCUUGUUGAUUCCUGGAUCACCACGCCAGGACACCUUCUUUCAGUGACGGAGGCCGCUCAAGUAGCUUUUUGGAUGUGAGGUGAAGUGUGUGCGUGUGUGUGUGUGUGUGUGUUUUUAUUGUGAGCUUGAGGUGUCAGUGAGGAUGCUAAGCUCCGAUGCUUUACAGUGGUUAGCACUUCUGCUCGAGCUUUGAAGUGUCUCAGUUGGGUGCACAACAAGUGGUCGUGAAAUAGAAUUGGCAAGGACGGCAAGUGAUGUGAUUCUGGCCUAGUCCAUUGUCCAGGUUGUAUUUGGUUUUGUUUUGGUCUAGCUGUUGUGAUUCCUGUCAUUAGGAGAUGUACCCUCGGAUUGAAAGAGGACACUUAACGUUGCAGCUGGAGUUGUGCCUGGGUUGAGGUACACAUGGACUGAACCACUAGAGCCACAGGGUCAGUUAACGGGGUUGAGUUUCUCUUGUGAAGUGUUUGAUUUAACGUGGUCCGACCUCACUAGACACCCAUUUGUGCUGCGCUUUUUUGACGAACGCGGGAGAGGUUUAGCUCGGGGUACUUGUUUCAAAAAAUCGUGCUGAUUUGCGGUGAAUCUGGAGAGUGUUUCUAUCCGUAGAGGUUCGGUCCGUGUCAAGCUGGGAAUUGCGCGAGUUUGAUUUUGCUAAGGUUUCUGGGAGAGUAAUCUUAAUCCGAGGGAAGACGCGCACGAGAAUUUUAUUGAGCUCAUACGGUGAAUAGUUCGAUACGGUAAGAUUAGGGUACUGGGAGGAGGCUCUGCUUUUGGUUGCCUUGUAUCUCUUGCGCUGAAUUUUCCACAUCUGCUCAACCUGCCGUUCGCAUCCAACCUGCCGAAAAAGUUCCUCGCGAGAAACCUGCCAGGAAAGGGAGCUUGCCUGAAGCUAAGAUUCGGUGGCCUUCGACUGCAGAAGGCCUUGAAUAGAACGGGAUUUCUGAGGAGAUGAGGAGGCCCUGUGGAAGAAGGGAAGAGCGACUGAAAACCUGGGCGAAUUACUUUUCUUUUUGGCAAGAAUUAAGGGCCUCUUCACAGGAAAGGGGUUGAGGAUUUCGCGGUGGUGCGGGGACCUUUGAUUUGUGUGCAAAGACUUAUUAGUUACGCAGUUGCCUCACAGCGUAUACAACCCAUGAUUUCACAUUUCAGCUUCGGCAAGCUGUGUGUCUAGUUCGUCUCAGUGCACAUUACUUGUAUCUCCUUUCUUCUUCCUUGCAUCAUCUUCCUCUUCUUUCCUUCCUUCCUUCCUUCUUCCAACAGUCUGCGAAGCCGUUGUCCGUUACAGCAGAACAUUGAAGAUUGGGCUCGCUGAUGAGCAAUUUAGUGAAAGAUCUCUCUAGCCGUAAGCACUUGCCAUUUGACCCUGAAUGAGUUUAACACCCUUGCACUCAAGUUUCCUGGAAAAUUUUCCGGUAUAGGAUUCUGAAUCCAAUCAUUAUCACGUUUCAUGUGAACCUGCACGAGUUUGCUUGAUUUAACAAGAUAUUCUCUGCACACAUGAAUCUACAUGACUUUUUGAUUUGAAUCCCGGUCAAAUUCGCGGUUCGCUUACUUGUACUGCACCAGUUUAUUAUGACUUCUGAAUUAUAUUGUCACAACAUCCUAAUCGACAGAUUCCGCCUGCAGUCUCCUACGGACUUCGAAGAAUUUAUUUUGUAGGCUUGUUCAACGGGAAAUAUUGUUUUAAAACAAGGCAUUCGCUCCUCUGACGACGCCAACUUGUAGCUUUCACUAUCAUUUCUGAACAUUUUGGACAUUUCUUGUGAUGCAAUAAGGCAAGCUGUUGCUUGAGCUAUGCAGACAUCUCAGCAGCUCAAUUCGAUGUCACCAGAAGACCAAUUGUUGAAGUCUCUUUCAGCAGAUUUUCUCGAUCUGCUUGAUAGGGGUCAAGCGUUUAGUGAUGUCACAUUUAAUGUGGAGGAUCGUCAUGUUUACGCUCACAGAUGCAUUCUUGCGGCGCGAAGCCCCUUCUUUCGGACGCUUUUCUGCGGCGAUACUCAGCUCAUGAACAGCGCCCAACCCAGGUCCAGCUUACCGAGUGUCAUUCGGGUGGGGAUUGUGAGCUACGAUGUCUUCAUGUUGCUGUUACAAUUUCUGUAUAGCGGGAACUGCAACGGUUUCUUUUCUCCUCAAAUCAGUGGGCGUCAGUGCAAAGUCAAUUCCUGUUGGCACUCGUCUUGCAGCUCUGCUGUAAAGUUUGGGCUGGAGCUGCUGGAUGCAGUGUCCUUCUUUGGCUUGGAACAGCUUUCUAUCAUUAUUCAGACUCAUUUAGGCGCCAUAGCGGAGAAAGCGUCCACCGAGGAUUUAAUGCGCAUGCUGAUAGCUGCACGUUAUCAAAUGGAAAAUCAUCUCUGGAAACUUUGCUCGAAGGUUGUUGCAAAGUCGGGUCUAACACCGGAAAUAUUGCACAAGUACCUGCCUGCAGAAAUUGUAGGGGAGCUAGAGUCAAUUAGGCAAAGGUCUGGAUACGCCUUGGAGGCUUCUUCGUCGGGCAAUGACAUGUUGGAGAAUAAGACGAAGCUUAUGCAGAAAGCCUUAAACUCGUCUGACGUAGAAUUGGUAAGGCUGAUGGUCAUGGAGGAGGGCCUCAUUCUGGACAAAGCAUUUGCCCUGCACUAUGCUGUUAACAAUUGCAGCAGAAAAGUGGUUGAGACACUCCUGAAAGUGGGAGCAGCAAAUGUGAACCUGCAAGACCAGGACGGCGAGACGCCAUUGCACAUGGCGGCAAAGCUGGGGGAUCCGGAGAUGAUUGCUUUAUUGUUGGACCAUGAAGCGAAUCCCUUGAUGCAGUCAGUUACCGGUGCAACUGCAAUGGACAUAGUGCAAUCCGGUGCGGCCGGGGUUCAAUCUGCUGGAGGGUACAACUCAAAAAGUGACCAAGUGAGGUUCAGGCUUUGCGUGGAGCUUCUACAAAGUGCUGCUUUGUCGUAUAGUCCACCUUUGCAGGUGAAGGCUACGAGAGUGGAGAUAGGGAGCCCGGUUUCUAUUCGCACAGAGCAUGGGAGUAGUACGUUGCUGCCGGACGAAUGCGAUAAUGAUUACCAUGGGUCGAUGAGUAGAAUGGUGGGUGGCUCUACUCAGGGGAUUCACUUCGGCAACCGCGAUGUUUAUUCCUCUUUCACACAUGGGCAAGUGCAUGGCAGAGAGCCAGAGAGAGCGGAGCUAUCCGACUCCAUUUCAAAGUUACUGAGUUCCAGCGCCGCAGCCUUUGAUUUCUCUGAGCCUCAUCUGCACGCAGAGUCCCGGAAUCUCACUAGUAGCUACAGCAUGUUGGAAACAUCAAGUCUGGAUAACAGGCCGCGCAAAAUUCCGCGAUUAGUUGUAGGCAUGCAGGAAUUCCCUGAUGAAAGAGAGGUCAUUCUCAGGGAUUUCUCCAACGAACCCAAAGAGAAUUUCAAGAGUGUAUAUAAUGCCACUGGCAUGAAAGAGGAAGUCAGCUCGGGGCGGUAGCUCGUCUUGCAACAGCACUCCGAAAAAAGCUCGUUAUGCCCAUGGAGGCACAUCUGAGUGAAAAAUGUGACAUAAAAAAAUUUCAAGGGAUUAUGGGAUACGCAAUGAUCUCCCUUCCCAAUGCCAGGGUGAUCCAAAAAAAAAAAAAAAAAAAAAAAAAAAACUGGCAGGCUUUGACGUUAUGAAAGAUGGAUGACACAAACAGCAGCCUACGACCGUAAGAAAAGCUUCUUACUGAUAUCAAUUGCCGUGGGCGAGAAAUGACAGUCAUCUCUUUGUGACAUAGGUGAUGAAGAUCAGUGUAUUGUGGACACACGAUCUCCUCUACAGUGUUAAUAAUCUGCUAUGUACCUUCACCACGGACCCCCACCUGUUGGGUAAGUACGUUGAAACACGUAGAAAAACCAGUGUUGCGUAGGUAUCAGGAUCACUCACAGCAGCUUUCCGACAUCCACAGGGACGCCACAACCCCUUAUUUUCGACCAUCGGAACUGGAUACCUGACACCCAAAGGGUAAACCAGCAGGGUCGAUGUGGUUCUUACAGUAGUAGCCAGAAAAUACAGUUUUGGAUCCCAGCACUGUCGCUCCAGUUUGUAGUACAAAUAUGCGACACCCUGAAGUGUUUAUUUCUCUUUCUUCUUCUUCUUCGUCUUCUGUUUUUUGUCCUAUUAUUGCCCUUUUCCUCUUCUCUCUCUUUGCCAUUGCUAGAGAUGAGCAAAACGAGAACUCAUGCGACUGUUGGUCCUUGUGAAAGACGCAAAGACAUGACUUUUGCGUGGUUUCAUACAUUGGUUAUCUACUACUAGUACUGCCAUUUACUUCCUAUGAAGUUUUUUCGGUGUUGUGCUUUUGAACACACUGGCAGGCAGCAUUCGUAGUAAACUUCACUUUUUCUUUUCUUUUCUUUUUUGAUGGCAAUAUAGGAUUGUAAGGUUUCUUUGCGUUGAAGUAACAGGUCUUUGUAAUACACUGGAUGUUUUGAAGAAAUCAAUUUUUACUU